AUGAGGCAGGUUGAACCAGAGGAGAAAGUAGAACGUUUUGCUACAAGCGAAGAAGACGACGAAGACGAUGACGAGUGUUACGAAUUUGACGAUGAAGGCCUCGGACCCUCCGUGGAAAACAGCUUCGUCAUAGUCAAUAACGAGGUAGAAAACUGUGUGGAAUCCGGCGCGGCGUCACCUAGCGAGCCUCCUCUGGUACUACAGCAGAAGGCCAUGUACAUGCCGCCCAGAAAUACACAGUCGGAGAGACGGUGGUUGGCGCAGAUCAAGAAAUGCUACAUCUUCAAGAGUCGGGAAUCCCCCUACCCUGACCUGGUGCUCGUGAACCGGUUCCCGUAUGUACAGGAUGACGGCACGGCGGAGAUGUACUGCGUCUCCAACUAUCCAGAGGCCGACCUGAACUGGAACCUGCUGCCGACCCUGGGCAGAGACGCUCAGGAGAUGAUUGACAACCAGGACCGCUGGCUCUCGGGAGGGCCAGUGCCCUCAACCUUCGCCAUGUCCGGCAGGCUGUUCGGCAUCAACGCGGACGCGGAGGGCUUCCGCGCAGGCGCAUGGAACUGCUCUGACGAUGGCCAGGGCUUCGGGUCGUGGGUCAUCGGCAUCACCAACUUCCGCAGCACCGCCAUCAAGCCGUUCAAAGUGACGCAGACGGUUAACGAGGGGCAGCGCGGUGUGAACCUCAUCAUGAACCAGACCGUUCCGGAGGCCUUCGCUAAAAGGUGGAACCGCGGCCCGAACGUGAUCGGCGGCUCUGACACCCUGAGUCUGGACCUGGACUCCAAACGGGGCGGGAACACGCUGGAACAGUUCGUGAGCCCGGGCCGAGGGGUGCUGGACUGUUACCAACAGGGACAGCGGGAGGAUCCUACUAAAGCCGGCAUGAUGAGGGUCAUCGUCAGAUCGUGUCCGGAGGGUAAGUACGGCGGAGGCUGUACGGACGACUGCCCACGCUGCUAUAACGGUGGAAUGUGCCAUGACGAAACGGGGGAGUGCAUCUGUCCGCCUGGCUUCAUGGGCAGGAACUGCGAACAACCGUGCGGAGGAAACAAGUUCGGAGUGAACUGUACUCACCAGUGUAAGCGUCCUCAGCGGGAUGACCAGUGUAUGGAGCUCCUGUUCUGCAUGCCUGAUCCGUGGGGUUGCAGCUGUGCUACUGGAUUCCGCGGAGACGAGUGCGACGAAUUCUGUCCCCAGGGCAGGUUCGGAGCCGACUGCAACCAAAACUGCAACUGCAAAAACGACUCGAACUGCAACAUCUACACGGGCAACUGUCCGGAGGGCUGCAGGGAGGGCUGGAAGGGUGCAACCUGUCAGGAGGAGUGUGCCCCUGGCGAGUUCGGCUCUAACUGCCUGUUGAAGUGCCACUGCAUGAAUAACGAGACGUGUGACGGGGCGACGGGACACUGCCCGCCCGGCUGUGCCGUAGGAUGGCUCGGACCCUCAUGCCAAGAGCCCGACGACUGCGUGACGAACGAGUGUCUGAACGGCGCCACGUGUAACGACCUUCGGGACGCCUACAACUGCAGCUGUCCUAUCGGCUGGAUCGGGCGCUUCUGCGAGACCAUGACACCCGAACCAUGCCGUGAUCUGGAACCCUGUGAGAACGGUGCCACCUGUGUGCCGCUGAGUGAGGAAGAGUACCGCUGUGACUGUGCGGAGACGUACGAGGGACAACACUGCGAGGUGCAGAACCUGCCUGAAGAGGCCGGUUCCCCAGUGGGGGCUAUAGUUGGUGCCCUGGUGGCUGUUCUGUUGAUCGGCGGGAUUGCGGGAGCGGCGUACUACUACCUGAAGGUGAAGAAGAACAAGGGCAACGACGGGAGGGUCUCACCUGAGGCGCAGGGAGACAGCGACGACGAGUAACGCGCACCUGGCAAGACGGAGAAGUGAAAGUGAUCCUCUUCACUUUCACUUGUCUAAACUAUCUUAAAUCUUUAAGGACUUGGUACCUAUUUUUACUCCACAUUUACUUUCACAUAUCCAAACUAUAUUAAAAGUCAUGUGAAAGUUGUUCAAACCAACUUAAAUCUUUAAGGACUUGGUACUUAUUUUCACCUCACAUUCAGUUCCACAUUCACAUGCCCAAAUUGUCCAAAACCAUUUUUUUACCAAUAAAAUGAAUGAAAAGAUAAUUGAAUGACUGUAAAAUCUAAACUUCAUAUUGAAACACCCUUUUAUGUAAAGACCUGUUCGACCAUUAUAAGAACGUAAGAAAGAAGGAUGAAAAAAAUUUAAUAAAAAAAAAAACCGGCCGGGAGCCCGAUUUGAAUUCUUUACAGACAGCAAAGUGUAAAAUUCUUAGACAUAUCCAAAUUGUUAAGAGAGACUCACUGCAUUCAAAGAUACCAAAAUUAGGGAAGACCGAAUCAAAAGUUUAGUGAAUUUUUGUGUUAAUGGUAAAAUCACCCAGUUACGUCCACAUGUGAAUCACAUGUAAAACAAAGUAGGACAUAAACCUUAAGGUUUACACAAAAACAGCACCAGAAACUUGGGAUAUGAUAACCUGUGAUAUAAAUUACAUUUACCUGAACAAUCGUUUGGGAAUUUCUAAUGUCAAGUAGCCAGACUGGUAAAUCAACGUAAUCUACAAUUUGUGAAAGUAAAUAGAAAUGUACAUUCACUAGUUAUGAAAAAUCUUAAUCUAUUAGGUGAAAGCUAUAAGUACAUGUACUUAAUUUUGAAGGAUCUUUUUUGUGACAAGGACAGUGACGUCUAGCAUUUAAAUAGAAGUCAGAAUGACGCAAUGCAACCGUUAGUUCAACAUUACAACUAAUGCAGAAGUAAAAGAAAACUUGCAGCAAAAUGUAGGCAUCUAAAAGAAGGCAAAGACAUAUUUUCGUAAGUAAAUAUGAAAAGAAAGAGGGGAAUUUAGUAAAAUUCUUAGAACUUGAAAGACACUAAGAGUUCUAAUACAAUAAGGGGAAGUAGCUUUUAUUCUAAAGCUUCUGAUAUAUUGCUAAUAUUCUAAAAUGCAAAUUUCAAUCUGUCUUCACUAGUGAGGAAUUGAUAAGAUUUGACUAUGCUAUGUUUAAUGAAAUAGACGCACAGACGAACUGACGAACUGACUGGCUGACAAACAAGGACGGAAACAAGUAUAACACGUGACUAAUUACGCAACGACUAACUGACAAUGACAUAGAGGUACAGACUACGUCACCCGCGUCUGCCACCCUAUUGGCUAGGCUUGAUGACGUAUGGUGACGUAAGUUGUACCUCAUAACUAUUAUGUGACAGAUUUAUAUUUGUUGCAAACGAGUUCUGUUCAAGGGACACAUUCUGACUGAAAAUCGCAAUGGAAGUUCAAAGCCAUAACACUAACUUUAUAAAUAAUGUAAUAUUCUCAGGGUCAGUGUCUUAUAUCUGUCAGAUGUCUAUUUCUCUUUUUUUGUAUCAUAUUCUGUUAGAAUGUUAAUUGCUUGAUCUAGUGCUGAAUUAUUGCGCUUGAAAUCUAAUAUAUUCUUCGUGAUUUAAGAAUUGUUCACUGCUGUUAAUUUGUUAGACUGUCAAUUGCUUGCUCUAAAGAUAGCCACAUUGACGCUUGUGAAAUC